GGCAGUGACAUGGUCUCCAUGGUUGUGCCUGUGAAAGCGAAGACGAGCUUCAGGCUACAUGGAAAUGGAGACUAAUGGACUAGAUAAUAAUGUACUGACACAGCCCGCAGAGCUACUGAUCACUUGCAGCAGUGCAGAAUCUAAUGCAACCAAUGAGGCAGUUCAGGAUACGAUAAGCCAACAAUUAACCACUGUCACAGAACAUUACCACUUUAUCGAUCAAAAUGGUCAAGCUAUCCAAUAUGAAAUUCAGGCACUUUCUGAUGCCAGCCCACAGAUGAUGAUUCUCACCAGUGAUUCUGAAAAUGGGCAAGUGUUCCAUGUCAUUCCUUCUAGCCAAACCGGAACAGCCCAGCUCAUUAUCCCACAGGGGCAGAUACAAGGUGCUCAAGAUGCUUUGGAACAAAGUGCUACAGAAGAGCAAUCUAAUGCAGACAGAGCUGCUCCAGAAAAUACAAGUGGUUUCAUUAUUCAGUCCAACGCAACAUUUGCUGUAUCUAAGAAAGCUUUAAACCGGACUGCUGUAGAAACAUUUCAAACACCUCUUCAGCCAUUACCCCCAAGCAUCCCUGCUUGGGCUCGCCGCCUCCGGAGUUGUGAGAGGAUUGGGGAUUCAUAUCGUGGUUACUGCAUGAGUGAAGCUGAGCUCAUGAGCAUUUUAAGUCUACACAAGCAACAAACUCAGAGUGUUUGGGGAACCCGUCAAUCUCCUAGCCCAGCUAAGCCAGCAACUCGUUUAAUGUGGAAGUCACAAUAUGUCCCAUAUGAUGGAAUCCCAUUUGUUAAUGCAGGAAGCAGAGCGAUUGUGAUGGAAUGUCAGUAUGGACCAAGGAGGAAGGGAGUCCAGCCCAGACGGGUUGUGGAAAAUGACAAUGCAAUAUACAAAGCAACAUGUCCUGCAAGGAUAUACAUUAAAAAAGUGAAGAAGUUCCCUCUCUACAGAGUUCCCACAGACCCGAAGUUUGACAAGAAACUUAUAAGGAUCGAGCAGGAGAAAGCUUUUAAUCUUUUAAAAAAAGAUCCAGAGGGGACAGAAGGGGUUUUUAGGUGGUAUGUGCAGUUACCUGACCAGGAUGCACAUCAGUAUCACAAUCUGGAGGUGCCCUGCUUCUCCCCAACUCCCUUUCAACCUUCAGCAGAAGAAGAAGAAGAAGAGGUGCAGAGUGAGGAGAAUCCUUCUAAACCAUCUCGUCUUCAUCCUCGGGUGUCAGACAAGAUUAGAGAGUUGGUGUCCAGGGGAAUUGAUGAGGUUUAUGCUGUACGUAAACAACUCCGGAAGUUUGUGGAAAGAGAUCUCUUCAAACCAGAUGAAAUUCCUGAGAGGCACAACUUGUCUUAUUUCCCAACAGUGAAUGAUCUGAAAAAUCACAUUCAUGAGGCCCAGAAAUCAUUUGAAAAUGGGGAGCUUAUCUACGAUCCAGAAUCCAUCUCAGGACAAUUAAACUGGACCACAGAGAAUGGGAAUGCACUUAAUGAAAUGGUUACAGUUACGUUUAGUUCAACACCCAGUGAAGUUUCUGAUCAAGAACCUUUAGUAGUUGACAAUUCAUCCGCAGAGCAAGUUUGUCAAGACCCAGCUCAGAUGAUUACGUCACUGGCUUCUAUCCAACCCAAAAUUUUUGCACAAGUGCAGGAACUCCAGUUACAACCAACAUUCACAUCUUCUGAUGGAGCAACUGCAGUUAUCACAGUAAACCCACCGUCUCUGGGUAACCCUGCCUGUCUUCUGAGCCCUGGAGGGAACAACCAGCCUUUAAUGCUAAGUCACUUGCCCAGCCAUCAAAGUGAUGCUGCAUCUUCGCUUUCAACACUGCCUACUCCUGGACACAACCUUGUUAGCAUGGGGCAGCUAGUAACGGUGGAGGAGGCAGCUGGUAUAACAGGAGAGGUACACCAAAUUCUGUUGGGAGGGAUACAUUCCAUUCCUAUUCAUAUAGUAGAGGCCCAGCCAACGAUUGUUGAAAUAAAUCCAAUUCAUAUUUUUGGCACGGAUCAAAAUGAAGAAUUCAAAGAGGCAAAUGUUGAAAAUGUAUCAGUUCUGGAAGAUAAAACUCCAGAAUGCCAGGAUCCUGUGAAAGAAUAAUAUUCUGCCUUUUUGUUCUCCAUUCACAGUGGUUAUAGUUGUGAAGGUAAUUUAGUAAUGUCCCUCAUAUUGAGGGUGAAUUUCCGAAUGAAAGCCACUAGUGAUCAAACACUACAGACACUAACGGUGUACCUCCAUUUCUUCAGCUGAUUCUAAGACUGCUUAUAGCUGAAUAUGCUUUAGUGGUUUUUUUCUGCAAUAAGCUGAAUCUCUCCUAAGAAAUAAAGGAUUGUGUAGGAAAACUAUAUUGUUGGUAACAUUUUGGUGGUGUCUGUAAGUCAUUGGCUGUUCUUCCAUUUUGAACACUUCCAAUCUCCUAAAGAAGGAUACAAAUAGUUGACACUGAAAUUCAUAAAGGUCCAGAGUAAUAGACCAGAUUGACCAGGACCAAACUGCAACACAAUGUUGAAUGACUUUUUUUUCUCUCUUAAUCAUUUAAAGCUGCUAUUUUGUUGUGUAAUGCAUCAUCAAAAGAUCUGGGGUUUUUUUGUUUAAAUAUUUCUUAUACAGCACCAGGACAUAUUAUUUUGGCAAUGUUUAGAAAGGAAACCAGGCUGGCCUUUUUAUAUAGUUUAAAAUUACAGAUUGCUGUACUGAUCUAACUUGCAUCACUAAGGAAAAUAUAUAAAAACAUAAUUUAAUAACUUCUUUCUCUAACUGUGAAAUAAAGCAGACUUAGCAAAACCAAAAUAUUUUAAAAACUGUUUACUGCACCUAACCUGGCAUACUGUCCACUUGAAUGAACGUUAGAUUUUGUUUUUUUUGCCUGAUUUAAAAUUGUCAUUGCUGUUUUCAUUGUACAUUAAAUUUUAUAUGUAUAUGGA